AUGCGGGUGGUAUUAUUCUGGCAUGGAAAGAAGGGUUUAGUUUUGAGUGUAUCUCUAGCUCGUGCAACCAUAUCUCGGGGAUAUGCCUCUGAAAGAGAAGGAUCCUCGGGUCGGGACCCUUUCAUCCCGAUAAUAUCUAACCUGUUGGACGCCAAAGGUCUAAUCAAUUUGCCUAUCCAAGGGGAUAACCUGACUUGGGAUAACCAUAGGUCCGGGAGGCAUCAUGUGAAAUCUGCAUUGGAUAAAGGUUUAGUGAAUGGAGCUUGGCUCAAUUUAUUUCCUAGGGCCAUCCUCUGCUCGUCCCAAACCUGCAAUUCUGAUCAUAGGCCUCUCUGCCUUCUGACGGAUGGUCAGGUUGCCAAGGUUAAAAGAAGUUUCAAAUUUGAGGAAGGAUGGACCCGUGAUGUUAGAAGCAAUCUGGUUGUGAACAAUGCCUGGAAUUCAGUGAGUCACAAUUGGGCCCCAGCUAGUAUCUUCAGAAAGGUUGGGGCCACCAGGGUGGCCCUCUUGAACUGGAGUAGAACACAAUUCGGAAAACUUGAUGUGACCAUAAAGGAGCUUGAGAAUAAGCUUAACUCUCUACAGAGUCUUCCGGAGGAGUUGGAGGCUCUUAUCUGCUCUCCGAGUUCUGAUGAAAUCAAAAAAACUCUGUUCGCUAUGAACAACCUUAAAGCUCCGGGUCCGGAUGGGAUGUCAGUUUUGUUUUAUAAACAUUAUUGGGAGUCCGUGGGUGAUGAUUUCUGUGCAGCAGUUCAUGAUUUCUUCGUCAGUGGCAGGAUGCAUAGAGGGAGUAAUGCUACUAAUAUUGUGCUCAUCCCGAAAGUCCAAAAUCCCAAACGCACAAACCACUUCAGGCCGAUUUCUUUGUGUAACGUGGUGUACAGGGUUAUAGCUAAGAUCAUAGCAAAUAGGUUAAAACCUAUUCUUCCUUCGAUUAUUUGCCCUACGCAAGCUGCUUUUGUCCCAGGGCGGAAUAUCCAUGACAAUAAUGUGAUUAUCCAAGAAGUCAUCCAUUCCUUUAAUCGGAAGAAGGGUAAGGAGGGAUUUUUUGCUAUCAAAAUUGAUCUUGUCAAAGCUUAUGACAGGUUGAGUUGGAGGUUUAUUGAUCAUGUCCUGGAGUGCUCUGGCAUCCCCUCGAAAUUCCGUCGUAGAAUUUCGCAGUGUAUUUCAACCACGACCCUCAAUGUCUGUCUCAAUAGGGGUCAGGUGGGGAACAUUAACCCCUCUUGUGGGCUUCGCCAAGGAGACCCUCUCUCCCCUUAUCUUUUCAUUUGGGCCGCUGAAGUUCUUUCAAGGUUGAUAUCCCAAUCCCUUGACCGGGAUCUCAUCAAGGGUAUAAAACUUAGUAGGGGUGGCCCGGUGCUUUCCCAUAUUUUCUUUGCUGAUGAUUUAAUUUUGGUGGGCAGAGCUAAUCUAAUCGAGGCAAAUGGUUUCUGGAGUUGCCUAGAAAAAUUUUGUUCUUGGUCGGGUCAGCAGGUAAACAAGCUUAAGACAACCAUUUUCUUUAGCAAGAAUACCCCAAUGGAAAUGCGGCGUGAUAUCAAGGAAGCUUUGGGCAUUGACUAUCCAGAGGGGUGCAUUAAGUAUUUGGGUCUGCCUCUUUUUAGAUCUAGGCAAAAGGACGCUGACUUCAACUUUAUCUUAGACAAUCUUACAGCAAAGCUUCAAGGUUGGAGGGCUAAAACUUUGUCAAAGGCAGGGCGUGCAACUCUUAUAAAAUCUGUGGGCCUGUCCAAUAAUGUUGUGAAAGCUAACUCUAUCUUGAGGAAAAGGGCUUGCAAACUAAUAGCAAAUGGAGAGACUACAAGUAUAUGGCAGGACCCCUGGAUUCCUCACUAUAAAGGUUUAUGUCCGAAACCUAGAGGGCCCCCCCCCCCCAACCUCAACCAUGUGGCUGAUCUUGUUCUUGACAAUGGCCAAUGGGAUUCCCAAAAGCUGAAUUACUGUUUUGACAAUGAAACGGUUUCAGCCAUCCUCAAAGGAGGGCAACCCUCUGGUGUCGGGGUUGAUAGAUGGAUUUGGACUCUGGAGAGUCAUGGGCAAUUCUCGUGCAAGUCUGCCUACCUUGCUCAAGCCUUGGAAAGAGCUCCCCUUUGUGAUGUCGCCCCAAAGCUUUGGAACAAGCUCUGGAAUAGCAAAAUUCUGGAGCGACAUAAGGUCUUAUGGUGGUGUAUCCUGUCUAGUGCCCUCCCGGUUAGAGCUGUGCUCGGCACUAGAUUUCAUUUAGAAGAUCAAAGCUGUCCCCUUUGUGGAAGGGGUGGUGAAUCCAUCGAACAUCUGUUUCUUUCCUGUGAGGUGGCUCUCCAUUUCUGGCGUUCGUCUCUUUGGGUGGAUACUAUUUGGAGGGUGCGCAACGAGAAGGUUCAUAAUAAUUAUCCUGUUGAUUUUAACAAAUGCAUUGAUAAUAUUUGUAAUUCUUAUGCAGAUAUGUAUGAUACCUUGUUCCAUAGUCCUUCCCCACCUUUAAAGGAAACUUGGUCCCCUCCUCCUCAGGAUUGGAUUAAGCUGAAUUGUGAUGUCAAAGUGGAUUUGGAUAGUAUGUGCAUUGCGGUUGUGGCAAGGGACCAUUUUAGCAGAGUAAUUAGAGUUCAAACUGCUCGGGAGAAUUACUCGGAUGUUCUGUGUGGUGAAGCGGCGGCCUGCUCUUUGGCGGUGACAGUUGCUCUGGAUAUCGGCUCUAAGUAUGUAAUAGUGGAGAGUGACUCGAGUGUGGUUAUCAACGCCAUCAAUGGGAAGGAGUCUCGUUAG